CUAAAAAUGAAAUCGUCCAGGAAGCUUAUUUGUGACGUCAGACCCAUCGUCCUUUUCGACCGGUAAUUUUCCUCCGUCAGACCAGCGACAAUACGUUGUGAAAAAUGGGAGACGCUGAAAAAGGCAAGAAGGUAUUUGUGGUGAAGUGUGCUCAAUGCCACACCAUUAACCAAGGUGGUGCUAACAAAGUAGGACCUAAUCUUUAUGGAGUAUUUGGAAGGCAGUCUGGAAAUGCUGCAAAUUUCGCCUACACUGAGGCUAACAAGAAAAAAGGUGUAAUAUGGGGAGAGGAAACCUUAUUUGAAUACUUGCUGAAUCCCAAGAAGUAUAUUCCAGGAACAAAGAUGGUGUUUGCUGGCAUCAAGAAAGCCAAGGAACGAAAGGAUUUGAUUGCUUACAUCAAGUCAAUGUCAUGAUGAAAGAAUACUUAGAUAAAUCAAUUGAACUAUUUAUGAACUGAUGUCUUAGUGUUAACUGGUUUAAUGACAAUAUCAUCAAGUGAACAAAAAUCAAGACAAUGAAAUGGAAAGCCAUCAUCAGUCAUACUGCAGCUACAAGAACAUCUCUGAAAGACUUGAUUUUAAUAUACUGUGCCAGAAUAUGUUUUUACUUAAACUUAAGUUUUUAAUCUGCUAUUAGUAAUUCAGCAUGUCAAAUCCUUGUUGAUAUUGGAACUAUCUGUUACUUGAUUUUAACCAAUGAGAUUUAUUAUUUGAAGUGUGUGUAAGAUGGUUUUACCAGAUUAAAACAAUUGUUAGGGAAGGGUAGACAUAUUUUACUCUCACUUUCCUCUUUAUAUUGUGAACAUGACAACUUAAAGUAAACUUUUAAUGUCACUGGAUGGCUAUGCAGGUCUAAAGUAAAUUGUAAAUUUUAUCUCAUUUCCAUUGGGGUUGUUUUUUCUAGAUGUACAUGUUAAACUGUGUGGACAUUUUAAUAAAAUAGGCUGAAUGUUA